GGCAAGCGCACUGUAAGGCUGCAUGAGAACAAGAGCGCAGGGAGCACAGGAGAGUAGGAGAAGAGAAGCCGGUGAAGGAAGCAGCCCUGAAGACAGGGACCAGUAGAGGAAGGAAGGGGACAGAGUUGUGUUCACCUCUCUCCAUCUCUCUGAGGGGCCUCUCUGGGAUCAAGUGGCAGGUCUUCAGCUCAGCUCAAACUUCCUCGCCUGUCUCUCAGCCCGUGAAAGCAUUUUCCUGCUGCAUCUGCCCACUUUUGAAAGAAGCCGGUGGUGUGCUGCUUGGUCCCGACCCCCCCCACGCCCCCCCAGCCCGUGAGGAGGAAUCAGAUCCGUCCGCUGGUAUCUGCAGUGUGGUAGAGCAGGAUGCCUGCCGGGAGGAGAGAGGAUGGAGCCGGGUCAGGAGUGACGGUGGCGGCCGCCGCGGGUCCUCCUGGACGUCCCGGGCGCUGGGCCGCGCUGCUGUGGGGGGUUCUGCUGGUCCUGGGGGGCCGGGGAGCCGCAGACGCCUGCCCCGCUCCCUGCAGCUGUCUGGGGAACACGGUGGACUGCCACGGCCUGGGGAUCCACUCUGUGCCCAGGAACAUCCCCAGAGGGGCCGAGAGGCUAGACCUGAAUGGGAACAACCUGACGGUCAUCACCAAGACGGACUUCUCUGGCCUCAAACACAUCAGGGUCCUUCACCUGAUGGAGAACCAGAUCAGCAACAUUGAGAGAGGAGUGUUUGAUGAGAUGAAGGAGCUGGAAAGACUUCGCCUCAACAGGAAUCGCCUCACGCAGAUUCCAGAGCUGCUGUUCCAGAAGAAUGAAGGCCUGUCUCGACUGGACUUGAGUGAGAAUGCCAUCCAGGCCGUCCCCAGGAGAGCUUUCAGAGGAGCCACAGACAUUAAAAAUCUUCAACUGGACAAAAACCACAUCAGCUGCAUCGAGGAGGGCGCCUUCAGAGCGCUGCGCUCUCUGGAAGUGCUCACUUUGAACAACAACAACAUAAGCAGCAUUCCAGUCUCUAGUUUUAACCACAUGCCAAAGCUCCGUACCUUUCGACUGCACUCCAACUCCCUGCGGUGUGACUGUCACCUGGCCUGGCUGUCUCCGUGGCUGCGGCAGCGGCCGGCCCUGGGCCUCUACACCCAGUGCAGCUCUCCCCCCACUCUCAGGGGCCUGAACCUCGCCGAGCUGCGCAAGACCGACUUUGCCUGCUCAGGCCACAGCGGCAGCGCCUUCGUUCAGCCUUGCAGUUUGGCAUCUGGAUCAUGUCCUCCCAUGUGUUCCUGUAACAACAACAUUGUGGACUGUCGAGGGAGAGGUCUCACCGCCAUCCCAGCCCACCUCCCAGAGGCCAUGACGGAGAUCCGUCUGGAGCAAAACGGCAUCAAGUCAGUUCCUCCCGGCGCCUUCACCUCCUACAAGAAGCUUCGGCGAAUAGAUCUGAGUAACAACCAGAUAUCGGAGAUCGCUCCUGAUGCUUUUCACGGCCUCCGAUCUCUCAACUCGCUGGUUUUGUAUGGUAACAAGAUCACCGAGCUCCCCGGCGGCGUUUUCGACGGCUUGGCUUCUCUGGAGCUGCUGUUGCUGAACGCAAACAAGAUCCACUGCAUCCGUGCCACCAUUUUCAAAGACCUGGAGAACCUGGCUCUCCUGUCGCUGUACGACAACAAGAUCCAGAGUCUGGCCAAGGGCACCUUCAGCUCGCUGCACAGCAUCCAGACCCUCCACCUGGCCCAGAACCCCUUUGUGUGUGACUGUAACGUGAAGUGGCUGGCAGACUUCCUGCGUUCCAACCCCAUCGAGACCAGCGGAGCGCGCUGCGCCAGCCCUCGCCGCCUCGCCAACAAACGCAUCGCCCAGAUCAAGAGCAGCAAGUUCAGAUGCUCCGCUAAGGAGCAGUACCACAUCCCAGGGACUGAAGACAGACGUCUGAGCUACGAGUGCAACAGCAAGCCGGUGUGUCCCGCCAAGUGUCGCUGUGAGGCCAACGUGGUGGACUGCUCCAACCUCCGCCUCACCAAGUUCCCAGAACACCUGCCCCCCUCCGUGGAAGAGCUGCGUCUGAACAACAACGACCUCUCCGUGCUGGAGGCCACCGGGGCGUUUAAGGGCCUGUCGCAUCUCAAGAAAAUAAACCUGAGCAACAACAAGAUAUCAGAGAUCGAGGACGGUGCGUUUGACGGGGCCUCGUCGGUGGCGGAGCUUCACCUCACUGCAAACCACCUUGAAUCUGUGCAAGGAAGCAUGUUCCGAGGCGUGGAGGGCCUGAGGAUGCUGAUGCUGAGGAACAACCGGAUCAGCUGCAUCCACAACGGCAGCUUCACGGGCCUGAGCAACGUCCGGCUGCUGUCUCUGUACGACAACCAGCUGAGCAGCAUCCUGCCCGGGGCCUUCGACACCCUGCCCAACCUGUCCACCCUAAACCUCCUGGCCAACCCCUUCAACUGCGACUGCCGCCUGUCCUGGUUCGGGGCGUGGCUCAGGAGCCGGAGGAUCGUGACCGGGAACCCUCGCUGUCAGCGCCCCGCCUUCCUACGAGAGAUCCCCCUGCAGGACGUGGCCGUGCCUGACUUCCGCUGCGAGGACGGCUCCGUGCUGGAGGACGGCAGCUGUGCCCCGGGGCCCCAGUGUCCCGGCCAGUGCACGUGCAUGGACACGGUGGUGCGCUGCAGCAACAAGCACCUGCAGGCUCUGCCUAGGGGGCUGCCCCGCAACGUCACAGAGCUGUAUCUGGACGGCAACCAGUUCACCAGCGUUCCCAAGGAAUUAGCCACCUUCAAGUACCUGCAGCUCAUAGAUCUGAGUAACAAUAAAAUCAGCUCGCUGUCCAACGACUCCUUCUCCAAUAUGAGCCAGCUCACCACGUUGAUCCUCAGCUAUAACUCGCUCAGGUGCAUCCCUCCCCUGGCCCUGGCCGGCCUGCGCUCGCUCAGACUGCUCUCUCUCCACGGCAACGACAUCUCCGAGCUGCAGCAGGGAAUCUUUAGCGACGUGGCCUCGCUGUCUCAUCUAGCGAUCGGAGCCAACCCGCUGUACUGUGACUGCCGGCUGCUCUGGCUGUCAGACUGGGUGAAGAGCGGCUAUAAGGAGCCCGGCAUCGCCCGCUGUGCCGGCCCCCGCGGCCUGGAGGGCAAGCUGCUGCUCACCACGCCGGCUGACAAGUUCCAGUGUGUGGGCCCGCCGGACCCAUCUGUUCAAGCCAAGUGCAGUCCCUGUGCGUCCUCCCCCUGCCUGAACCAGGGCGUCUGCCAGGUCCACCUCACACAACGCUACACCUGUACCUGCAAGUCUGGCUUCACGGGUAAACACUGCGAGACUCCGGUUGAUGCUUGUGUCAGCGAUCCGUGCACCAACGGAGGAACCUGCCUGAGUGACGAGCAGACUGGAAGCUUCAGUUGUGCGUGUCCGUUUGGUUUCCAUGGCACUUUCUGCGAGGUGAACCUGGACGACUGUGAGGACCACGGAUGUGACAACGGGGCCACCUGUGUUGACGGAGUCGGCAACUACACCUGCUUGUGUCCUCCCAACUACACAGGUUUGUUUUGUGAAGAGGAGGGAGGUGUUUGCUCUGCCGGCAGAAACCCCUGUCAGCAUCAGUCCACCUGCAUCAGCAGUCCUACGGGCCCCAGGUGUGUGUGUAUCCCCGGCUGGGUGGGGCCGGUCUGCAGUAUAGAUUAUAAUGAGUGUGUGGAUCACCGCUGUCAGAACGGAGCUCAGUGUGUUGACCAUCUGGACGGCUACAGCUGCGUCUGUCCGCAGGGAUUCAGCGGGGAGUUCUGUGAGUCGCCCCCGCCCCUACAGUCUCCCUGCCAGCUGGCUCAGUGUCAGAACGGCGCCGCCUGUGAAGAGAAGACGGGGACAGCAAUCUGCCAGUGUCUGCCGGGCUUUGAGGGUCAGAGCUGUGAGAAGCUGGUGAGCGUCAACUUUGUUGACAGGGAUUCUUACGUUCAGCUCCAGGACAUCAAGAACUGGCCUCAGACCAACAUCACCCUGCAGGUGUCGACAGCAGAGGACAAUGGUAUCCUGCUGUAUAAUGGAGACAACGAGCCGAUCGCUGUGGAGCUCCAUCAGGGUCAUGUACGGGUCACCUACGACCCGGGGAACCAGCCGGCCACCACCAUCUACAGUGCAGAAACGGUGAACGAUGGACACUUCCACACUGUGGAGCUAGUGACGUUUAAUCGGAUGGUGAACCUGUCGGUGGACGGAGGAGAGCCGACGACGCUGGACAGCCAGGGGCCCGGCCAGCCGGCUGCAGGGGAGACCCCCCUGUAUGUGGGAGGUAUGCCCGAGGACGUGAUGCCGGCGUCUCUGGGACUCUCCUCUCAGAACAUCAACAUGUCCAGCUUCCACGGCUGCAUCAGGAACCUGUACAUCAACCACGAGCUGCAGGAUUUCACCCGCAGCCACAUGAAGCCCGGCGUCGUGCCAGGAUGUCAACCCUGCCGCAAACUCUACUGCCUUCAUGGCAUCUGCCAACCCAACGGUGCUCAGGGACCUCAGUGUCACUGCCAGCCGGGGUGGACUGGACAACACUGUGACCAGCCGACACCGGGAAGCUUUACCGGCUCUGAUGCUGUUACCAUGACAACUGCUGUCAACCCAUGCCAGAGCAACAAGUGUGUGAAGGGUGUGUGCGUGGCGCUGGACACGCAGACGUACCGCUGCGACUGUGAGCAGGGCCACCGGGGAGCGCUGUGCAGCGUGCCGGAGGAGGCCGGCCUGUGCCGGGGCCGGCGGUGUCUGCACGGACGCUGCCAGCAGACGGAGGACGGGGAGAGCUGCGUCUGCCAGCAGGGAUACGCCGGAGAGAGCUGUGACAGCGAGGAGAAGGAUCCCCCCUGCCGCGCCGACCCGGUGAGGGAUUACCACCGGCUGCAGCGUGGCUCCGUCCUCUGCCAGACGUCCAAGCCCUUCUCCUGGGUGGAGUGCCAGGGCGGCUGCAGAGCCCCCGCCCCCGCCACGGCCCCCGCCGCGGCCCCCGCCCCCUGCUGCGCCCCGCUGAGGGUCCGCCGCCGCCGGCUCACCUUCGAAUGCGACGACGGGACCUCGUUUUCGCAGGAUGUGGAGAAGCCCGUGGAAUGCGGCUGCAAGGAGUGCGCCUAGUCCCGUGGAAGCACGGCGCACACACACACGUAGACGCAACACGGUACCAGCUCCAGGUACGCACACCGUAGGAAUCACCCACAGAUGAACUGACAUGACAUGCGUGUUUUAUAUGUGUUUGCUCACAAGUACAGUUUUGUAACAGAAAACAGUUCUUCCUGCUCGAGACAUGAAGCCAACGAUUCAACCUCAUCGUCAUCCUCUCCUCAGCUGCUGGCGCUAUAACCGCCAGCUAACCGCCUCACUCAAGCUAAUAACCAACACUCCUGCAUGUAAAGUCUCCGGCCCCUCUUCCAUCUACAACUUCAGCAGUCAAACGCAUCCAAACUUAAACUACGUAAACCCCCGUCUGUGCCAGCCAUGUUUCUUGAUCUCUGCAGAUGUGGCAGCUGCCAGUGUUCUUGCUAGCGAGCGCAGUCACGCGGCGCCUGCUGUGAGUCUUGUCAUCCAAGUUCAUGUACUCUGCGUUGAGGCAUCAAAGGUCAAAGUUCCAGGUUUUCUUUCACUAAAUGACACGUGUUCUUCCUCCCAUGAGAAGACUGAGACUGAAGCCAAACAGAGCUCUGAUUUUCUCAGCACGGUGAGCUCUACAAGCUACGUAAAGGACUCCGGCUUAUGGUUUAAUUGCAGUUUUGGUUGGGUCUUUUUUUGUUUGUUUGUUUGAUUUAGUUUUUCUGUUGUUGUUGUUUUUUUCAUGAGAGAAAUAUGAAGCUGGCGCUAAAGUUUUAGAGCUUGAAGUUUCUCAAAAAGCCACUUAGCCAAAGGUUUUAGUCGAAGUCUGAAGACUGAAGUCCUCGCUUUGGAACGAAGGGAAAGCCAGAGCAGAACCAGCAGGCGUCUGCUGGAUAUCUGUGUGAGCUCAAACUCUAGCAGCAGGGAGACAACUGAAACCAUGAAGACGUCAUUGAGACGCAGUCAGGACGGGGGACACUGAUAACUCUGAGUGGGGCCAGAAAGAUAGGGAGGAAGCAGUCGGCCUGGCCUUUUCUGCACCGCAGAAUAGCGCGUGUAUGAUGGCGUGAGCAAAGCCGUCGCUAGGCGCCCAUACAGUAGCUGCGCUCCUGUGACGGCUGCAGGGCAGCAGCAUCUCUCAACCACCCACCUACGUACACAAAUAUUAUAAUACACGUCACUCCAUAACACAUCACUCAUAUGAGUCACAAUCCAAGAUGAUGACAUUUAUAAAAGUCCUUAUUUUUUUUUAAAUUUGCUCAAAUACUUGAUUAUGUUAUCGGAGUGACUAUUUGCACCAGGGUACAAAUAGCAAAUCAGCUGAGCUAUUCACACCCUGUUGACAUAUGAAAACAAUAUUAAAACAAAUGCGUUGCCCAUGCGCAUUCGCACCAACGUGUCUGCGCUAGAAGACACAAUUUCAUUUCAAUUUUAUUCGUUCACAUUUCACUUCCCUGUGAUGAAGAAAGAAUGAAGAAAACCAUUCUGAAACGGAAUUCAGAGGUAACGUUACGAUUUGUAUUUGUACGGAAGAGUAUUAGGGCCAUGCAGGAGAAAAAAUAUUUGAGAGGGGAAGAUUUUUUUUUAUU